UAGCUCUUAACAGGGUUUGGGAAAGUAGAUCUGGGGGCAGGUUAUACAUUGAUAGGAAGGUAAGAGACUGGUGAACCUCUAUGAGAUUGGGUUUAUAAUUAACCCUACAUCCCAGAGUCACACCUGACAGCAGAGGGACCAGCAGACAGCUUGGUGCAGUGUCCCAGAGGAGAGAAUUGGGCAGAAUGGAGACAACACAGAGCCCCACAACAGCCCCACCAGACAAGAAUACUAUCCCUAUCAACAACCCUGCGGACAUAUCUGUCAUUGUGGUGUAUUUUGUAGUUGUUCUGGCUGUUGGAUUAUGGGCUAUGGUAAGGACAAGCCGUGGCACAGUCGGAGGCUUCUUCUUGGCAGGACGUAGCAUGGUGUGGUGGCCGAUUGGGGCUUCAUUGUUUGCCAGCAACAUCGGCAGUGGACACUUUGUGGGUCUGGCAGGAACAGCAGCUGCUGGAGGCAUUGUGAUUGGAGGCUUUGAAUGGAAUGCACUGGUGAUUGUUGUGUUUCUUGGCUGGGUUUUCGUGCCAAUCUAUGUGAAGGCUGGGGUGGUUACAAUGCCAGAAUAUUUGAGAAAACGGUUUGGAGGCGAUAGGAUACGGAUCUAUUUGUCAGUUCUCUCACUGCUACUCUAUGUCUUCACCAAGAUCUCUGCUGACAUGUACUCAGGAGCCAUCUUUAUCCAGCAAGCUAUGAAGAUCAAUAUCUACAUAGCCAUUGUUAUGUUGCUCCUUAUUACGGCUUUGUACACUGUGACAGGCGGUCUCGCAGCAGUAAUUUACACAGAUACCCUGCAGACCAUCAUCAUGCUGGUAGGAUCAUUCAUCCUUGUUGGUUUUGCUUUCAAUAAAGUUGGUGGAUACGAAGAAUUUGUAGCCAAAUAUAUGCAAGCCAUUCCUUCUAAUGUCUCCUAUGGUAACGUUGUCAUUCCUGAAAAAUGCUACACCCCAAGGGCUGAUGCGUUUCACCUCUUUCGAGACCCGAUCACUGGAGACAUGCCAUGGCCAGGCCUUAUUUUUGGACUGACCAUCCUAGCCUUGUGGUAUUGGUGCACUGACCAGGUGAUUGUCCAACGAUGUCUCUCAGCCAAAAAUAUGUCUCAUGUAAAAGCUGGGUGUAUCCUGUGUGGAUAUCUUAAAUUGCUGCCUAUGUUCCUAAUGGUGUUCCCUGGAAUGAUCAGUCGUAUUCUGUACACAGAUGACGUAGCUUGCGUAGUGCCAGCAGAAUGUAAAAGGAUCUGUGACACAGAAAUUGGGUGUACUAACAUCGCUUAUCCAAAAAUGGUGAUCGAGCUGAUGCCAGAUGGGCUCCGUGGCCUGAUGCUGUCUGUGAUGUUGGCCUCCCUCAUGAGCUCCCUUACCUCAAUCUUCAAUAGUGCCAGCACCCUGUUUACCAUGGACAUUUACACCAAGAUCCGCAAGAAGGCAUCCGAGAAGGAGCUGAUGAUAGCAGGAAGGGUCUUCAUCAUUUUUCUGAUUGGGGUGAGCAUUGCCUGGGUCCCUAUCCUACAGUCUGCACAGAGCGGACAGCUGUUUGAUUACAUACAGUCUGUCACCAGCUACCUGGGACCACCCAUUGCCUCUGUCUUCUUCCUUGCUAUCUUUGUCAAGAGAGUGAAUGAGCAGGGAGCAUUUUGGGGGCUAAUCAUUGGACUAUUAAUUGGUCUCUCAAGGAUGAUUGCCGAAUUUGCCUAUGGAACUGGAAGCUGUGUAGCGCCCAGUAACUGCCCAAAGAUCAUCUGUGGAGUGCACUAUCUGUAUUUUGCUAUUAUUUUGUUUACUGCUACCAGCAUUAUUGUCCUGGCAGUAUCAUUCAUGACAAAACCUAUUCCAGACAAGCAUCUUUACAGAUUAUGUUGGUCCCUAAGGAACAGCACAGAAGAAAGAGAAGAUCUAGAUGCCAACGAUUGGGUUGAAGAACAAGAAGAAGACAACUUUGACGAAGAACAAGGAGAAGCGAGCUGUUGGAAGAAAGCCUACAACUGGUUCUGUGGUUUUGAAGAUAAAAAAGCUCCCAAGCUUAGUAAGGAGGAGAUGGCGGCAUUGGAGGCCAAGAUGACCGACACCUCAGAGAAACCUUUAUGGAGGAAUGUUGUUAAUAUCAAUGGCAUCAUUCUGUUGUCUGUGGCUGUUUUCUGCCAUGCAUACUUUGCAUAAGUGCAAUGUCCAGCCUUUUGAUAGUAGAAAUGCACAGUGCUGUACCCACUCACCUCUCUAUAUCAGAUCAGAGAAUAAUAAGAGGUCGGUACAGAUACCAGGUGUGUCAGCCACAAGGAAGUCAUCUAGCCCUUUUAAAAACAGAACUAUGCUGAUUUGUGAUUUGUGACGUGGGACUGAUUUAAAAAAUAUCAAUAUUUCAUGAAAACCAUUAUAAUUUAAUAAUUUGAAUGACGUAUUUGCAUGCACUGUGCUGUGCCACAGCAGACAGAGCCUCAUGUUCAUUCGGGAAAUGAACCACAUCCAUGAAAUGCUGGAUUGCAUUGUAGUGGUGAAUGCAUUGCUAUGAGGACUGGCUCCGCAGAUGCAAUAUUUGCAUAUGGAAAGACUACUGCAUCAGCCUGUGUAACGGCCAAAGAUUUUCCUUUAGGAAGGUAAUAAAGUGCCCAUAUUUUUAAUAAAGACGUUAAAACAACAA